AUGUAUCUCUCAUCAUGUCUGGUAUUCAUUGCCGGCAUCUCGGGCGUGCACGCCUUCUAUCCAUGGGAACUGCGGAUGAAACUCUCCACGGAAACCACAGUCGAACGUCGCUUUGUUCCAUGGACCUUGAUUGAAGCGAAAUCCGGCGAGAGCACCGACAGCACCGACACAUCCAACACAGCGGACAAACCUUGGACUCUUGACCUGAAAAAAUUGCCCGUUCGCCGCGACGAUGGCUAUAAAAUUGUCGAGUCCCAUAAGCCGUCACUGGCAAACAGUGCACCAUUAAACCAGGAUGGAACGGAUUAUUCAUACUUCUCUCCCAUCUACGUAGGCUCUGAAAAGCAAGAAAUGUGGAUGGGAAUCGACACUGGAGCACCCAAUACCUGGGUCUUCGACUCGGAAUGCACUGAGCCUGUCUGCACACGUCAUCACAAAUUCGACCGGUCAGCAUCAACCAGCUAUACCACCGACAAUUCGACUUUCAGCCUCUUUUACGGCAGCGGAAAGGUCGAUGGAAAGAUGGGAACAGACACCCUCUCAAUUGCAGGGCUUGAAGUCUCGCAAACUUUCGGUCAAGCCAACAAUGCCUCAGAAGCUUUUCAGAGUUACCCAUUCGACGGGAUCCUUGGCCUGGGUCGGUCGCAUACAGAAGGGUGGAAUUUGCCAUCCUUCAUGGAUCUCGUUGCUGAGAAAAAGCUUAUCAAGUCAAACUUGGUUGGGUUCAGUCUCUCUCGCUCAGCAGACGGCGGCAAGGAUGGGGAAAUCAACUUUGGUGAUGUCGAUACAACCAAAUUCGAUGGUACCAUCUCCUACACUGCUACCAAUGACAAAAUCUGGAGCAUCCCCGUAGAUGAUGCUUAUGUGAAUGGCAAAAGUUGCAACUUUUCCGGAAAAUCCGCUACCAUCGACACCGGCACUACCUAUCUCCUGAUCCCUCCCGCGGAUGCCAAAGCCCUGUUUUCUCUUGUCCCUCAUGCAUCUCAACAACCUGACAACCCGAACAACUAUUUGAUCCCAUGUAACUCGACUGCUACCAUAGAGUUCGAGUUCUCUGGUGUCAAAUAUAACGUGUCCCCUAAGGAUUAUGUCGGAAAUACCGAGUCGGACGGUUCGGACUACUGCAUUUCGACCAUUGUCGGCUAUGCAUCCAACGGUGCUAACUGGCUCGUCGGCGAUGUCUUUCUGAAAAAUGUCUACACCGUCUUCGAUUUCGACAAUGGACAGAUCGGUUUUGGCGCUCUUGCCUCGGCCUCGGCCUCAGCCUCGAAGUCGAACUCACACUCAAACUCAUCUUCAACCUCAUCCUCGUCCUCUUCCCAGUCCGAGGGCAAUGGGACAUUCACUGCACCGCCAGUCACUGGCACCGCUGCGUCUACUGCUGACGCCACAUCAUCAUCGACCUCCUCCGCAAUGGCCACAAUAUCCGGCAGCUCCGCAUCCCACCUCGCCCGCGGCAUUAGCUGGUCUAUGCUCACGGUCAUGAUUGGCGCAUUUGCUAUUUGA